GUGUACCUGUCACCAGAACGUGACACUGUGACGUUGACUAGCCACGCCUCUUUCUAAGGCGUCGAGUUCGUUCCCAUGGCAACAGUCAACAAACCUAAAUGUUCGACGGGUGUCGCAAAAACUUCAAUCAGAUAUUAAUUCAUUCUGCCCUGGACACCAUUAACCAAGGACCAUGAGACAGGCAUUCAGCUCCAGGGCGUCAAGGACCAGCAGUUAUAACUUUCGGUACCGGACCAGGGCGGCCACCUCUCAGGUGGAUGAAACCCUGUUUGGGAGCCCGAAACCGGCAUCAUCACAAUCAGACAAACGAGCAAACUCCAAAGCCAAGAAUCAGCCCCAGAAGAACCAAGAUGAAGAGAUCGUUCAAAUCAUCACCAAAGACCUCAUUCGCAACCUCAGGAUCCCAAUCCAGGAUCCUUCAGGAGAGUCCAUCAUUAUACCUUCAACUGAGUUUGAGCGCAUCACAUCAAAUUCCCAGAUUGUCACCAAGGAAGAGAGGGAGGCCCUGAAGGAGACUUAUCAGAAGAAGAAAGAAGAAGAACGUAGAGCAGCAGAGGAAAGGAAGCGUCAAAUAUUGGAGGCAGACCUGUCCCGUAAGGAGAACCAGGCUCUGACUGAGCUGGAGAUAGAGGCCCGGGACCGUGCACAGCACUUGGUGGCCAAGGCCACUGCAUUACGGAUGGAGCAGGAGGAGGAGAUCAAGAGGCUCAACAAGUUGAUUCUAGAUGCUCAGUGUCAAGCCACACGUGACGCCCAAAUCCAGGAAAAGAAACUUUCUGAGGAGGAGUUUUUAGAGGAGGAGAAGCGUCUGGAUGCUAUGAUGGAAGUGGCGCGCCGCGAGGCCUUGGAGACUCAGGCGCAGAUCGAUGAGCUGCACAAGCAGCAGAGGAUCAGCGGGAUGCAGGAAAUUCAUGACCAGAUCCAGAAACGUCUGGACGAGAAGAUAAUGCAGGAGGAGAAGAAAGAGUAUGAGAAACAGCAGAUACGAGAGAACCAGGAGAAAAUGAACCUGGAAGACCUCAAGGCCCUGGAGAUGAAGAGAGAGGAGCAGCAGCGACUGCAGGAGGAGAUCAUGCGCAUCAAUGCUGAGACCAUGCGGGCCAAGGAGCAGAGGAGGGAGGAGGAGAAGCUGGCUGACAUGAGAGAUAUGGAAUACAUCCAAAACAAACUGGAGAGGGAGGCAGAAUAUGAAGCAGAGCAGAGACGAAUCAAGAAGGAGAAGGAGUUGGAGAUUGCCAGGCUGAGGGCUCGGCAAGAAAAGGCAAAAGACUACAAAGCAGAGCAGGAUGAGCUCCGUGCUCGGAGGAACCAGGAAAGUACAAACAGGGAGUGGAGGAGAAAAGAGUUAGAGCGGGCUGUGAAGAAAGCCCAGGAGGAGGCGAUGCUGAGGGCGGCUCACUUGAAGCAGGUUCACUGUAAGGAGCACUUCCUGUCUAUGGAGGCCGGCCGGGAGAAGGCAGAGUUUGAGAGGGUGCUGAAGGUGCAACAGGAGGCGAUUAUCAAACAGAAGGAGGAGGAGGAGAGGCAGCGUCAGAAGGCCCAGCGCCACGCAGAGGAAAUCCGACAGCAGGUGAAAGAACGUGAGCUUUCGGCCAUAGCUAAGCGCAGAGAAAAAUUCAAGGAGGCUGAUGGGUUGAUGGAGGAGGCUCGGCAGAGACGUAUGCGCCUCGAUGAGAUUAAAGAGAAGAAGCUGCAAGAGCUCAAGGCUACAGGGCUCUCUGAAAAGUACUGCAGUGAAGUGGAAAGGAAGGCCCGAGGCUACGCACUCUGAUUCACUCACAACUGGACCCUAAAUGAUGUGAAGCCAUCCCAUUUUCCGCUCUUUAAGAAGUAAAAAUGUUUCAAGUAUUAAUGUAACUUGAACAUACACUACUCACAAAAAGUUAUUAAUAUUCAGCUUUCAGAUCAAAUGCACUAUAACCUUUACAGGUGAACUUAAUUUGACCAUGUCUAAACUUUUGAAUGCACAUGUCCAACUGUUCAGCGUUUCAGUACUUAUUGCAUAACAUUCUGUUCUCUAACAAGGUGAUUAAAAAUCACAAGUGUCUGAUCCAUGAAUCGACAAAUAAACAUUCUGGUUCAAUGACAUUUAGUAUUUAAACAAUCCUCCUCAUUAUGCUGUUCACAUUUUGACAUCAUGAGACCAAGACGACGCCUAACAAUCGAUCAGCAGUACCUGGCCAGUGCGAGGCUUUGAACAGGAUGUACUCGGAGAGAAGUUACCACUGAGCUUAGCGUCACAGUGUCAUCAGCAGGUUGCAACAACUCAACUUGUGAACAGCAUGAGACGUCGUUGCCAGGAUGUAACUGAGACACUGACAUUUUCUGUUGUGAACUUUUGUUUCAAUAAAUUGU